CAUCGCGUAUAUAUAGAGGCGUUAGCUUAGCUCUGGGGCAGGCACAAGGCACAAGAGCAGUGUUGAUGCACCAUCAUCGAUCGUUGUUCUAUAGCCACCAUGGGCAGCGGCAACGGCAAGGUGUACGCCACGGUGGUGCUCAUCAGGCUCAUCUACGCGGGGAUGCACAUCCUCACCAAGGCGGCCUUCAACGAAGGCACCAGCACCACCGUCUUCGUCUUCUACCGGCACGCCGUCGCCGCCAUCUUCUUGCUGCCUUUCGCCUUCCUUGAAAUCAGGAAGCGACCGGCGCCACCUCUGACCUUCAGGCUCUCCGUCAAGAUCUUUGCUCACGGCUUCUACGGGAUGGCUGGAACGAUCAACUUGUACUGCAUUGGCCUGAAAUAUGCUUCGGCGACCUCGUCGUCGGCUAUCUUCAACAUCGUGCCGGUGGUCGCCUUCAUCUUGGCCGUCAUGUUCAGGAUGGAGACCCUGAAGCUGAGGAGCGUCCAUGGCAUGGCCAAAGCCUCCGGUAUCCUCCUCUGCGUCGCCGGCGUCGUCGUGCUGGCGCUGUACCAGGGCCCCCAGCUCAAGUCGAUGAACCACCACCAGCUCCUCCAGCACCACGUGAGCGCGGCGGCCGCCCACCAUUCCAACAGGGAGUGGGCGCUGGGGAUCUUCCUGAUGACAACGUCGGUCGUGAUAUGGUCGCUCUGGACAGUGAAGCAGGGGCCGUUGCUGCUGGAGUACCCUUCCAAGCUCCUCAACACGACGCUCCAGUGCGCGUUCGCCAGCGUCCAGUCGCUGGCCAUCGCGCUUGCCCUCGAGAGGGACUUCUCCCGGUGGAAGCUCGCCGGCCCCGUCAGCCUCGCCUCCGUGCUCUUCACGGGCAUCGUGGUGGCGGCGAUCUCGUACUACCUGCAGAUCUGGGUGAUCGAGAAGAAAGGGCCCGUGUUCCUGUCCAUGUCGAUGCCGCUCAGCCUCGUCUUCACCAUGGCCAUCGCCUCUUUCCUGCUGGGCGAGGACGUCAGCCUCGGAAGCAUUAUCGGCAGCGUCCUCCUCGUCGCGGGCCUCUACAAUGUGCUGUGGGGCAAGAGCAGGGAGGACAAGCAACAAGCGGCGGCGGGCGAGACGACGACGGACAGCGGCCGCGACAAAGCAGAGGACGUGGAGAAGAACGCGGCGGCCGUGCAGCCGGCGGACGGGGAGGAGGAACAGGACCACGGGACGCACGGCGACGCGCGCGGCCGGGGCCAAAGUCUGACAUGAUCGACACGGCGCGUCCGUGCGUGCGUGUGAAUCAUGCAUUGCAUAGCAUGCAAAGCGGAUAUCAUCUGCCGAUUCCGUGCAUCUUUCACGGCAGGCGUACGACCGGUGUUUGUCCGAUCACUGCAGAAAGGAUGCCGGACGCAGGAUCAGGCAGGCACUGUCGCAGUACUGAUCAUGUGCUCACCCUAUCUGAAAGCGGUUCUUGGGCUCAUCAGCGCCCUAUAUGCGUACUACUCUAUCCACCACCCUUUAUUGUUUGUGUGCUCACAUGUACUGUGUGCAUCACAUCAAGUUAAAUUUCUGGGUGAUGAUUGGACCUUUAAUUUCAUAAAGAUUGUUCUUUUCUUGUAAUCAAACAAUCAGCUUUAGUUUUCACUAGAGGUAGAAGAAUCUAGUUUAUUACGACCAAAUCGUGAAAUGGACGUGCAUCCAAAGCUCCAACGCAAAGAACCGACUAUAGACAGGAGCUCCUUCCCCGGAGCAAAAAGAAAGCAAGCAAAAGGGAAGCAGGGUUAGUGUGUGGCCCUACGGGUGAACUCCCUUUUCUUAAAUGUGGUUUGUGAAGAUUGCAGAAUAUUAUUUUAUCAAAAUAGAAAAGACAACUACGAGCAAAGUUGUUGGGUCAGGUUGACAUUUUUUUUUA